AUGCCUUUCAAGAAAUUCAGACCAAAGUUCUCUAUUUACCAAGUUUGCGUAACUAUCCUCGAGGCAAAACACUUGCCACAAAAUGCGAAUCCACUGGUUGUCGUUAAAGUCGGGAAUCGCAAGAGAAGGACGGUGGUACGCGAGAAGACUGAUAAUCCUAUUUAUAACGAGUACUUCGUAUUCGACUUCACGUGUAGUCUGGACAAUCUGCUAAGUAUGGGAAUCACGAUAGCAGUGUACCUGCGAAACUUUCUUCGGCGACUAAAGUUUCACGGAAACAUUUCUUUUGAGGUUGCCACAGUAUGGGAACAGCCAGAUCGACAAUAUUUUCAUAAAUGGGCUGUGCUGACGGAUCCGAAAGAUCCAUCGGCGAGGCCGAAAGGCUACGUAAAAUGCAAUAUCACAGUGAACGCUAAGGGUGAGAAAGUAAAGGUGCAUCCAGAAACGGAGGGUGAAGAUGACAUCGAAGGGAAUUUAUUGCUGCCUAUCGGGGGCGAAAGGCUGUCCUUCAGGCAACGCUUGCGUUACAUUUUCAUCGUUUAUCGCGCCGACGGAUUACCAGACAUGAGCAGCUUGUGCAGAAAAAGCGAUUUCGAGAACAUUAAUCCCUACGUGCAAAUAUCGUUCGCCGGAAUGAAAGGAUCGACCAGCGAAGAGUGGCAAAUCUAUUCUCCGAAGUUCCAGGAAGGUAUCAUUUUCAAGGAAAUGUUUCCUGUUCUUUGUCACCGUGUACGAAUCACUAUAAAACACCGUAUCGACAGUUGUCGGACGUGCAUCGUAGCGGUUCAUAUCCUGGACAUGACAAAGAUCUCGAAUUCCGGAGAGUACGGAUUCUUGCCGACAUAUGGACCGUCUUUUAUCCACUUUUACGGGUCCGACUCAGUGGAGAAGAACGGUUGUUCGGGUAGAUGCUUGACGGCAAUGCCUUUGUAUCGCGGAAGAGUACUUCUGUCGUUGAAAACUGAAAUGGAUGACCCAGAAGCGUCCCCGGGAAUCGGGGUUGAGACACUUUCGGCAUUUCCCAUUACCGAGAAAAGCCUGUGGUCGACCGACGAAUAUCUCCUAGUUGGCGUGCUUUAUGAAGUGUGUAUGAUCGACCGUUCUCGAUUUGGAUCAAAACUGAUCAGCUUCGAAUUGAGUCUAGGAAACGCAGGCAAUCGGCAAUUCCCGCAUAGCCAAUGUGUCGAGAACAAUAACGACGGCCAACAAUCAGAGUUCUCGAAAGAUUUGUCAUCUCUUGUUUUUUACGAAUUAUUUGUCAAAUGAAACUUGUUACUGUCGAAGUCACGCGAAAGUCUCGGGAGGCCGCAUUUAGCGCUGAACGCUCGACAAAAAUAUACUCGUCGUCUCUGUCUAUUCUCGACUUUGGCAGAAAACGAGCUGCUAAAAAAGCGCCCGAACUUCGAGAGCCAAUCAGUUCCGCGAGCCACUGGCACCUUGGACGGCAAAUAUAAUUAUGUACCCUUGGGCUCUAGAAAGCCUUGUCUGUACGUGAGAUCUUGGUGGCCAAAUGUGGAAUGGCGAAUGAACAAUAGCAAUCAUCUCCGAUACAUCGCCGAGUCUCUGGAGGUAAGACUGGAGAAAUUGGAAACUUUAGUGGCUAUGCAGAAUCCGACAGCUUUCGAGGUUUACAACGAGACGAUCCGCAUGUUGAAAGCUCACUGCACACAUUAUGCAUACUUGUUGGACACCGACAAGUACGAAAGGAAAGGCGGAACUACCAGACUCGAUCGUCAUCGUAUAAGCUUGUGUCUCAAAAGCGUCGAGAACAUUCUCGAGAGAAUCAAAAUCAACGGCGAACUUCCCAACAACAAUUACAUUAGAAUCGCGAUGAUUCACGCGUAUCAAUAUUUGAGAAAAUUGCGAGACCUGAGCGAAGACCACAGUCUGCCGGACGUCUUUGUCUGGAUGAUUGCCGGUUCUAAACGAGUCGCUUACUCGCGACUAUCCGCGGAGCAGAUUCUUCAUUCCGAGGAGGCUGCCGAGACGGGCGCAAAGUGCGGUCGACGUGUCAGCCUGUUUCCCGGAAAUCCGGACGACGAGAACGAGUACAGCGCCUGUAAAGUCGACGGCUUUCUGUGGCUCGGCAACGCGAAGUACGUCGCCGCGUGUUGGAGCGCGAUUCCACCGGGAUACGAGAUCGAUCACGGCGCGAACGUCAAUACCUUCCCGAAGUAUAUCGAGUACAAUCGGUCCUCGACGUUCCAGUUGCGAGCUUAUAUAUUUCAAGGUCGCUUCGAGCCUGGAAUGGACGCUUCCGGCUUGAUGGACUCCUUUGUACGCGUCACGUUUCAGGGAUACACGUCUUCCACGCAAGUGAUAAGACAAAGUUUAGAUCCAUUCUGGGAUCAGAUGUUAAUUUUUCCCCCAGUUAUUUUGCAUGGAACUACAGAAUACAUAAAAUCGGCACCACCUGAAAUUGUUCUUCAAGUUUUCGAUGAGGAUUUGUUCGGCACGAAGGAGUUCUGCGGCAAAUGUAUCGCGGUGCCAUUAGUAAAACUCUCGUUGGAAACUUACUCGCCACCCGAUUUCCCACCGAAAUUAGAGUGGUACAAAUUUCAGUCGCAAAAAGAUUGCACCGGUUCGGUCCUCGCCGCUUUCGAGUUGAUAGAAACGGAGAACAAGGAGAUUUCGGAUGUGAAUACGCAGCCGGAGGAUAAGAUUUAUAGGAUCCCACCGGAUAUCAGGCCGAAAAUGGCAAGCUACAGACUCGAGGUGAUCUUUUGGGGUGUCCGCGACAUGAGGAAGAUAAAGUGUAUGCCGGUACGCAGACCUAGAAUUAUAGUCGAGUGCGCCGGAAUUCACGUCAAGUCGGAAGUGAUGAAGAACGCGAAGAGAUUCAGCAACUUUGAGGAACCGCAUAUUAUGAUCGAGCUGGAAUUGCCGGAGCUCGAUAUUUACUAUCCGAGUAUUACUAUAAAGGUUUACGAUUCCCGCGCAUUCGGCUAUUUCAAAUAUGCAGGGAUCUGUAUUAUCCCCAACAUUCGUGUAUUCCUGGAGCAAUUAAUAACUGUGGAGGAUUACGACGCGCAAAUAUACGAGUCGAAAUUCAUGCAAAAAUUCCGACUAGCGAAACAACAGACGGCGAUAGUGUUACCCUUACCCAUCGAUUAUAGUCCUUUAAAAGAAGAGACCAAGGGUCUCAUUGCAUAUAAGAGAAUGGCUGGAAUGGACGUCUAUUCCAAGUUGAAGAGGCUAUUUGUAAUUAUAAAGAGGAUAUUGAAAUUCAAGUUCUUUACCAAGAGAAAAAAGGUGGAAAUUUACGGAGACAGCGAUGACGAGACUCUCGAUUGGUGGAGUAAAUAUUUUGCUUCUCUUCAGAUCUAUCCCACGGAACUAGAGAUGCAGCCGCAAUUCGAGGGGUUCCAGGAUCGUCUAAGCACUUUCGAGUUGUGGCGCGGAAGAAGGAGCGAGAAUCACUACCUGACUGAAGAUAAUUACGUUGGCAAAUUCAAGGGACAUAUUUCUAUAUACCGAUGGCCGCAUCCUGACAAUCUUCCGUGCAAAACGAGAAACGGAAGAGACGCGGCUAAUGGUCUGUGCAACGAUUAUCCGCCUCAAGGGCCUGUUAAGCUGCUCGUUAGACUCUACGUCGUAAAGGGAAUCAACUUACAGCCUAAGGAUCCCCUCAGCGGCAAGUCCGACCCGUAUCUCUGCGUGAAGCUGGGAAAAAAUUCCAUCAGCGACAGGAAGAAUUAUAUACCCAAUCAAUUGAACCCUACAUUUGGCCGCGUGUUCGAGUUCGAGGCAAGCUUUCCUCAGGAUUAUUUGCUGGAGAUCCAAGUGUGGGACUUUGACGCCACGACAGCCGACGAUCUGAUUGGCGAGACGCGAAUCGAUAUCGAAAAUCGAUUUUACAGCAGGCAUCGGGCCCAUUGUGGAAUCGCGAAUGUUUACAGCACCGCCGGUUACAAUGUCUGGAGGGAUCGCGAGAGACCGACGCAGAUUUUGGAGCUUCUCUGCAGAAGAAACAAUCUACCGUCACCGGAAUACGGCGAACGGGAAGUUAAAAUCGGCAUAAAGACAUUUCCCUUUCACGCCGUGAUCGAACGCAAAGAAGAGAUUGACAGAGAAGAAUGCAUGGCUCUGAACGUACUUCACUCUUGGCAAGAUUUUCCUAUCUGCGGAUGCGCUUUAGUGCCGGAACACGUCGAGAGACGGCCGCUUUUCAACGCAAAGAGGCCCGGUCUCGAACAGGGCAAACUCGAAAUGUGGAUCGAUAUGUUUCGCAUCGGACAAUUGCCGCCAAAACCGGCGGUCAGCAUCGCACCUCCGACACCGGAGGAAUAUGAAAUUCGCGUGAUCAUUUGGAAUACCGAGGACGUGCCGCUGGUCGAAAGCCAAUUUCUCACCGGGGAGAAAUGCUCCGACAUUUACGUCAAGGGAUGGAUUUUGUACGAGGAUUAUCAGAGAACGGAUAUUCAUUAUAAUUCUCUAACCGGCGAGGGUAACUUUAAUUGGAGAUUCGUGUUUCGUGUCACAUAUUCAAAGGGCGAGAAUGUCAUGAUAGUUCGUAGAAGAAUGUCGGUCUUUGCUAGAAACGAGACCGAGGAUAAGUUGCCUUGUAAGCUUCAUUUGCAAGUCUGGGACAGCGAUCAUUUUUCUUCGGACGACUUUCUAGGAGAGUUGACGCUCGACUUGUCCAGAAUGCCGCGAGGCAGCUCAAACUCCAAAAACUGUACGAUGAAAUUACUUGAACCGCAAUUACCAACCAUGAAUUUAUUCAAAGUUAUGCGAACUAAAGCAUGGUGGCCAUUCGCUCGCAGUAUCAACAGCGGAAAAUAUAUUCAAGCGGGGAAAGUUGAGCUGGAAAUAUCUAUUUUGCGAGCAAUGGAUGCGGAUAAUCAACAGGCAGGCAAAGGAAGAGAUCCGCCUCAGAAUCUUCCGUCUCCAAGGCGACCUGACACCUCUUUCUCUUGGUUUCGGAAUCCAUGGAGAGCAUGCUGCUUCGUCGUUUGUCGGUAUUAUAAAUGGCGAAUAGUAUGCUGCUUUGUAUGCACGCUACUCGUGCUUUUAGUAGCAUGUGGGAUUUAUGCUUUCCCUGGAUAUUUUGUUAAGCGUCUUUUAGGCGCUUAA